AUGUCGCCGCCGGUGCUGGCUGUCUCGCGUCCGCUAGCCCCUCAGCCUGUUCGUCCGAAUGAUGCUGCCGCUGUUUUGCAACCUCUGCAGAAUAAUUAUCCUUUAAAGUCUACCAGGUCAAGACGCGGUACUAUCAAUGCUGCAUGUCAAGAAUGCCGUCUGAAAAAAUUGAAGUGUGAUGGCACGCGUCCAAGAUGCCAGCGUUGUAUCGUCAAGGGCAUUGACUCUUGCGAGUACACUGUAAACCCUGGGGAGACUCGAUUUACUGCUUUGAAGAGGAAAAAUGCAUCUCUCGUGACCGAGUCCGAUCGUAUGCAGAAAUUCAUCGAGGCUCUGCGAUCCGCUUCCCCGUCUCAGGCUCAGGGCAUGCUUGAUGAUCUCCGGACUUGUGACGGAACCAAACAGCUCUUGUCCACGCUGACCCUGGGCAAAUCCCAGCCUCAUCCUUUGCACCAUCGGGCCUCCGAUUCUUCCAUCUCUUCGGCGCCAUCACCUCCCUCACCUCCCUCCAACGCCGACACAACUCAAGCUUCGUACACUUCACGAUCGCGGAGUUCUGAGUCUAACACUAAACCAAUUCCCCCGGCACCUUUCGAGAAUGAUAUUCUACCGGUUGAAACACCCUACCAACCAUUCUCCGAUUUUGAGAGACCCCUGCCGAGUUUGGACGUUCUCCGGAAGUGCAUCAAUGCCUUCUACAUCGAAGCCGGUAAACUCUUUCAUGUCUUUCUACCCAGCCAUCUCGACGCACAGUUUGAGAUGUUGUCUAGCCAAGGCGAUAAACAAGCGAUGCGCGUAGCUGCUUGUGAACUCUGCGCUGUAGGCGCACUCGGUUCGCAAUACAUCAAAGAAACUCUUCUAGAGGGAACUGAGAUGAACAUGUACAGUUGUGCUAAACACCUCUUGGAAGACGUGGUCAGCGUUGAUGCCAAUCGAGCUGCCAAAGUCUGUGCUAUGUUGGGAAUGUUCAACAUCAUGAGCAAGGAGAAAGUCGCCAUGACGUUUGUGGAAAUGGGGUUAAAUCUUCUGUCACGACCGCCAAUUGGUCAUGUGUGUCCACCUAACAUGGCGCGGAGCCAAUGGAUGGAGCUCAGAAAAACCUGGCGAGUACUCGUCUUUCUUGAGACCUGGUUGUCCUCGACUCUUGGUUAUGUUUCAGGUUUGCAGUUGUCGAAAGACAUUAUGAAUCUGAAAGAUUUCGAGAUCGAUGGUGAAGAUCUUGAAGAAAAGGUUACGACCGAGAUGAUCAAGAUUGCAGUCAUCAAGUUUGACAUGCUACGACUCAGCUUGUCCUUCAAAGGCUUGAGUUCUCGCACGGUCGAGACGAUUACCAAUGAUCUACAACACUGGCAACAGAAUCUGCCGCACGAGAUGCGCUCUACCGAACUGGAGAACAACCCUGACAUAUCAUUCGAGUUGCGAAGGACCAUCUAUUACGUCAACUUCCUCUAUUUCGGAGCUCAGAUCAUGCUUCUCCGUCGUGUUUUGCAGAGUAUGCAUGACCAAGACAAUUUGCUUACAGGGCACGAAAAUGUGCUCAACGAUCUGAUAGCGCAGGCGAAAACUGCCGCAAGAGAGUCCGCCAAGUUGUUCAGACGCCUGUAUGUCGAGGGCGGCAUCGUUCAAAGAUGCUGGAUCUGCAUCUUUCAAGCCUACUCUAGCUGUGUGCUCAUCCUCCACCACGUAGCAGAAAUGCUGUACGCUGGAGUUCAGUCUGCUACAGCUCUGGGCUAUGAAUUAGAUCUUGCACGUGCUUGCCUCGACUUUCUCGGUGUCUGCAGUCAAAAGGAUGUAGCUGCCGGACAGUUCCACUCCACAUUGAGCCGCUUCUACACUAUACUACACACCACUGCCAUGGGUCAACACCCACUUGGACCUGACGUGGUCAACACUGCUCGCGAUUUGCAUGACCUGAUUAGGAGACCGUUCAAGACCGCCGGCGAAUCGAGUUCAGAGUGCUGCUACCCAUGGAAAGACAAUGGACAUCGACAAGAACAGCGUCAAGAACAUCUUGACAGCUUCGCCAUCCAAGAUAUUGCAAACGCACCCGAACAGUCAUGCCGCGACAGCUGGCAACGAAUCGACGGAAUUAAGAACGACGGAAUGAUAAAUGAUCUGCUUAGAAGAUCUCAACCUGGCCACUUCCUUCCUGGCUUUGAAUCCAGUGCUUGGACGGACAGCACUCAGGUCGGUUGA